CGGCUCGGCAGCUGCUCCCCCCGGUGUCCGGGUCUGCGGGGUGGGGGUCGCAGAGGCAGAGGCUGCACCCGGGACGCUUUCCUCCGCAGGCUGGGGGCGGGGCACCCCAGCCGCAUCCCCAUCCCCGGGCCCCAUCCCCCAGCGCAGCCUCGGCCUCCCACAUCCUCCCCGCCUUCCCCGCGAGAAACAUGGCCGGGAGAAGCAACAAGGCGCCGGGCUCCGGGCGAGGUGUCGUGUAACAUCUCCCCACCCAGCCAGCCCCGAGCCGGGACUGGAAUGCGCUAAGCCUGUGUCCUGCCGGGGUCCCCAGUCCUGGGAAGACCACAGCGUGUAGCUCUAGCAACCAACCCCCUUUAUGCGCUACCCACUGACUUCAAUGAGACUUUCAAGUUUUGUUUUGUUUUUUAAAAGAAGCUAAGAACUCUUGAGGGCAGCUAGGGUGCAAAGUAGCUCAAGUCAGUGAAGUUGGAGCUUUGAGUCGGGGCCCGGCUCUGCAGAAACCAGCAGCUCCCGAGUGCCCUGUGCCGCGUCGCUGAAGGCAGACGAACUGGAGAGAGUGUGUGACAUCUCCAGUAUGUGACAGGAUGAAAGGUUGGAAGGUGGGGGCAUAUCGGAACCCCUUCAAUGCUGGGGCCCCUUCGGCUGUCAGUCACUGGCUUAUGGAUAAUUGGCCAGGAUAUGACUUGGAUUUGUUCACGUACCCACAGCACUAUUAUGGAGACCUUGAGUGUGUGCUUAUACCACAUGGCAUCAUAGUGGACAGAAUUGAGCGGCUAGCUAAGGAUAUAAUGAAAGACAUAGGGUACGAUGACAUACUAGUCCUGUGUGUGCUGAAAGGGGGUUACAAAUUCUGUGCUGAUCUUGUGGAGCACCUUAAGAGCAUCAGCCGAAAUUCUGAUCGAUUCGUGUCUAUGAAAGUUGAUUUCAUCAGACUAAAAAGUUACAAGAAUGAUCAAUCCAUGGGUGAAAUGCAGAUCAUCGGAGGCGAGGAUCUCUCAAUGCUGGUUGGAAAGGAUGUUGUUGGAACUGGGAGGACCAUGAAAGCUCUGCUCAGCAGCAUCGAGAAAUACAAGCCCAACAUGGUGAAGGUGGCCAGUUUGUUGGUGAAGAGAACAGCUCGAAGUGAUGGCUUCAGACCCGAUUAUGCUGGAUUUGAGAUCUCAGAUGUGUUUGUAGUGGGAUAUGCCUUAGACUACAACGAAUACUUCAGAGAUCUGAAUCACAUAUGUAUCAUCAAUGAACACGGGAAAGAAAAAUAUCGAGUGUAAAGAAGCAAAAACUCCAGCCGCUGGAUUUCCAGAUAACAUCGUUCUUCCCACUCUUUAUAUUCAGGAAACCAGCAUGUAAAGCCCGUCUCCCCGGGCAUCUUCGUGAUAGAAAAGGAAAAAAAAAAAAAAGGUUUAAGAGAACUUGCUUCCUUUUCUGAGAUUAUAACAUAAAGAAUAUAUGUUCUAGUUCAGGAAGAGAGAGCAGCACUUGUAUUUGACUUGUUCCAAAUUCAACACUGUAUCUUAUGACUCAUAAGAUCUGCCCCCCUUCACCCUCCUGAACUAUGCCUUCCUUUGUUUCAAUACACUCUACCUGGUGACGCUUCCCAGAGACACCCCCACCUAGUUACCCAAAUAUUUUUCACCCAACUUUUUUUUAAGACUAUUUUUACAGUAUUUUACAGUACUAAGAAGCUGCAAGCCUUGUAGCUUUAGCCCUGAGCCCCUGCACUAACAACACAACUAGGCUCCCAUACUAAAAACGGAAGGUGGGACAGCUUAACAAGAUCUCCUGUUUGCACGUUUCUGGCAGGACAUUAUUAUCUGCUUUGACAAAGCCUUUGAGAAGUGCAGGGUACAGUGCAUCUUAAUGAUGUUAUGAAAUGAGCCUUCACUGGCUGCUCUUGAGCUGUGCUUCCGGUUUGUGAUGACAGCAUGUCAUGUGUGCAUGGAUGUGCUCAACUGUGCUUAAUACUCUGAAUUUUAAUUGGAGAAAACACAAUGGCAGCAAGGCCCGUGCUCCUGAGCUGAAUCCCUUUAAUUCACGUGGGACACGGGCAAAUGGCAGAAUUGAACGAGAGAGUGUUUUCAACAAUCAGCACUAAGCAAGUGCAAAUUUUUCCUCUUAGUUGCAUGGAAGGGUAAGACACAGUGAAGUAUUGUCAUAAACAUGAACAAAGGCUAACUAGUUUGUUAAGUGUCCUGAGACUUCUCACACAGUCCACGGUGUCAUAGGAAGCAGCCCUCAUAUACAGCUUUUUAAUAAAUAACACUUUUUUCUGUUACCACCACUGUAUCAGAUGUUUCCUAAUUUGUAGGUUUUUUAAAUUGAAAAUAAGUUCAAGAGUCAACAGAGCUGUUUUUCUCACUCCCUAAAAGGAGCAAGUAAAAUAAAUAACUAACAGUCUUUGUUUGGUUUUGAACUGUAUGUGGUAUACUGUUGUAAUGUUCUGGCCUCCUUUAAGCUAAUGAAAAAGAAAGAAAGAAAGAAAGAAAGAAAGAAAGAAAGAAAGAAAGAAAGAAAGAAAGGAAGGAAGGAAGGAAGGAAGGAAGGAAGGAAGGAAGGAAGGAAGGAAGGAAGGAAGGAAGGAAAGCAAACUGACUACUAUGUUUUAUAACUGCUUACCUCUUCUCUCCUACCCUCAUAUUUUUAUAGACUUUUAGUCACUGAAAUGCCUAUGAGCCAGUAGCUUAAAUGUACUGCUGCAUGUACCUAGCCUGUGGUUAACCUGGACUAAGUCCCAAA